AUGGACCCUCAUCAAUCACCAACUGAUAAUGCCGCAUCGCCUACGAAGAGCGUAAAGGCAACCACUAAAAAUUCGUCCGCAAGUAAUAACGUCAAUAACAACAACAGCAAUAAUAACAACAACCAUGAUAUACUGAAUUUUAAUGAUAACUAUACUACCAUUCUUCAACAUUUGGCAAACGACCAUCCUAAUUUACUGAGGGAGAAAGGAGGUUCGCAACAGCAGCAGCAGCAGCAGCAACAGCAACAGCAACAGCAACAGCAACAGCAGAACCUGGAUACCCUUUUGCAUCAUUAUCAAAGCUUGCUCUCUAAAAGCGAUAAUACAAUAGCCUUUGAUGAUAAUGUCAAUAACAGCGCAGAUAACAACGCCAGUAAUAGCAACAAUAAUAACAAUAAUAACAACAAUAACAACAAUAAUGACAUAUCAAGUCCAGGUAAUCUGAUAGGGUCUUGCAACCAAUGUAGAUUAAGGAAAACAAAGUGCAACUAUUUUCCCGAUCUAGGUAACUGUCUCGAAUGUGAAACUUCAAGAACCAAAUGCACCUUCAGUAGCGCUCCAAAUUACUUAAAAAGAACAUCCUCUAGCGCAAACAGUAACAUGCCAACUACCUCUAAUUCCAAACGAAUGAAGAAUUUUGAAGACUAUUCGAACCGCUUACCCAGUAGCAUGCUCUAUAGACAUCAGCAGCAGCAGCAGCAACAACAACAACAACAACAGCGUAUACAAUACCCUAGAUCUUCUUUUUUCGUGGGUCCGGCUUCAGUUUUCGAUUUGAACUUGACUAGACAUGUUAGGCUAGAUAAUGUGGACCAAAUACAACUAUCAAAAACUUUAUCAUUAAGAAAGGUGUCUUCUACCGCACAGUUUAUUCUUCAGGACGAUUUUGACACGACUCUUCAUAAUAAACAAGAAUACGAAGUUGAUCUGGUAGAAAAUCUGGUGCAUCCGCACGGUCACCUUUUGGUGGAGAUUUUUUUCAAAUUAAUUCAUCCUUUCCUUCCGAUCUUACACGAACGUGUCUUUUUGGAAAAGUAUUCUAGGUCUUAUAGGGAACUCACAGCGCCUUUACUGGCAUCCAUCUACUCACUGGCACUACAAUAUUGGGAUUUCCACCCUGCCCUUUUGGGAUUUCCUAAACCCGAUGUAACUGCUCAAUUAAACAAUAUCGCAUUGGAUACAUUUUAUGCUCGAGUUGGGAGGCCAAAAUUGAGCAUUAUACAAACAGGCCUUCUGAUUUUGCAAUGCCGCAGUGAAUGUCAUAAUAACUGGGUCCUCUGCUCCAGCGUAGUGGCUCUUGCAGAGGAACUGGGGCUUGGCGUUGAAUGUAAUGAUUGGAAGCUUCCUAAAUGGGAAAAGGAUUUGAGGAAAAGAUUAGCUUGGGCAGUCUGGUUAAUGGACAAAUGGUGCGCAUUGAACGAAGGUAGGCAAUCUCAUUUGAUUUUAGGUAGAAACUGGAUGAUAAAGCUGUUGAAUUUUGAUGAUUUCCCUAUAAAUUCGCCAACUAUUUUAAAUUCUUUGCAAAAUGAUCAGUCGGGGUCUUCACCUUCGUCAUCAAAUGAUGUGAAAAAUCACCAGAUAGCCUUUGGUAACUUGCCCAUAUUCAAUAUGAACCCCACCUUAGAAGAUUUCAAAAAUGGAACGCUAAUGUUUCAACAAAUGGUCUCCUUGAGUAUAAUUCUUGGGGAAAUCAUGGACACAUUUUACACUCAGGGAUCAAUGACAAUAAACAAGAGUAUUGAACAAGUAUUGAAACUGGCGAAACCGUUACAACUAAAACUAAGAGAAUGGUAUCAUUCUCUACCCAAGAAUUUAUCAAUGAGUUAUGCGACACCACAAAAAUUAAAUUCGAAUUCAACCCUAACUCUAGCUUAUUUUGCUACAGAAAUUACGUUACAUAGGAAAAUUAUUUGUGCAUUAAAUCCUCAAACGCCUAAGGAAUUGGUCCAAGUAUGCAGGACUGCUGCAAGAACUAGGCUCGUAGCUGCAAUUGAAUUUAUAAGAGAUUUGAAAAAUGAACACAUUAAUGCCUUUUGGUAUAACUGUUCUACCGGAAAUCUGAUGCUAAUUGGAACAUUUGCUGCACUAUUGUAUGUGACUUCAGCGACAAAGGAAGAGGCUAUGAUUUUCAGAGAUUAUGUCAGAAAUUAUAUCUGGGUAUUGAAGAUAGGGUCGAAAUAUUUUGAUAAAUUAUCGAAUGCUUUGAAUAAUAUGCAUUUACUGUUUGCACAAAUUCCUGGCCUAUUGACCGAUGAACCAGUGGUCGUAAGUCCUAACUCCAACAUGAAUUCCGUCAACCCACCGAGGUCAGGUGCGCAAUCGCAAAUCCCAAUACAAUUCAACGUGGGAUCACCCGCUAUGACUGAACAAGGAUCUCCAUUAAACCAGUGGAAGAACCUGCCCCAAGAGAUCCUGCAACAACUAAACUCCUUCCCCAAUGGUACGACCAGUACAACAACGCCAAUGAACCCCACUCCCAGACAAACACAACUAGACUCGCAGGGAAGCCCGACCAUAAACAGUAUUAAUAAUAACAGUAACAAUACACCUUUACCCUUUGCGCAAAAUAAGUCUUCUAAAAAAACUUCACAGUCUUCACCAAAUGCUACACCCUCUCAUAUGAACAGACAUCCCCCGUCUAAUACAUCUUCACCAAGGGUGAUCAAUCCCAGCGCGAAUACCCAAAUGAAUGCUUCUCCCUUGACCUCCAUAAACGAAACCAGGCAAGGGUCAGGUGUCGCCGCAAAUGAAAAUACUUCAGGAAGGGAGAAGACUACCAAUGAAGAAUCAUCAACGGAACUCAAGGACGAUAAUUCAAAUCCGAAUCUGGAAACAAGUGCAGCUGGCAACCAAACUAUAAAAAUGAAUGAUGAUAAAAAUGUAACCAUCAACACAAAGGGAACCCCUCUGUAA